AUGACAGAUCCUCACUCCAAUUUAUACGCUGGAACCUUCAACUUCAUGCCCCUCUAUUCUCACCACUCUUCUUUCACUUCCUACCCUCUUUCAUACUCAAACACCACCACCUUCUCUACUGUUCAAUCUGAAACCUCUUCCAUCUCUUGUGCAGCCCCUCCUUCUCCUCCUCUCAGAGAAGCCCUUCCUCUCAUAAGUCUCAUAAAGCAGAGGGAGAAUGAACCCUCCAACGGUGGUGGCGAAGCUGAAGAGAAAAGGGACAUAGAUGAGACCCUUUUGACUGAAGAUGGUGUUGAUGAAACUGUGGCAGUAGCACUGCGCAUAGGGCUUCCUAGCGUGGCUGCUUCUGAUCUUCUGGGAUCCAGGAAGAUUUCAGCUUGUGCACAGAUGUGUCAGAAAGGGGAAGUGAGUGUGAUUUCUGGACACCCUUUGGAUAGAUUAAACAAGGUUCGGUAUUGGAUUCCCACCCCUUCUCAGAUUCUCAUUGGUCCUACUCAGUUUUUAUGUUCUGUGUGCUCCAAGAGUUUCAACAGAUAUAAUAAUCUUCAGAUGCAUAUGUGGGGACAUGGAUCUCAAUAUAGAAAGGGGCCUGAUUCUCUAAAAGGAACACAACCAUCAACAAUGCUAAGGCUUCCAUGCUUUUGUUGUGCACCAGGUUGCAAGCACAACAUUGACCACCCAAGAGCAAGGCCUCUCAAGGAUUUCAGAACCCUUCAAACACACUACAAGAGAAAACAUGGUGUUAAACCCUACAUGUGCAGAAAAUGUGACAAACCAUUUGCAGUGAAGGGUGAUUGGAGGACACAUGAGAAGAACUGUGGCAAAAUAUGGUACUGUUUAUGUGGGUCUGAUUUCAAACACAAAAGAUCUCUAAAAGAUCACAUAAAGGCCUUUGGCCAUGGCCACGGAGCUGUUGACAUUGACUGCAUGCAGGAAGAUGAAGGUGCCUCAGAAAUUGAACAUGAUGGGGAUAGCUCAAUGUGA